AUGUCGCUGCGCAUGCUCCAGAAGCAGGUCGGUGCCGGCCCUUCCGAGGUUUCUGCGGAGGCGAAAGCGGCGGUGCAGCCAGGUGGCAAAGGCCGUCCCGCUGGAGGCUACUACUCAUCUGCAGGAGCAUCGCAAGCUGGAGGAGGCGGCGCUGGUGGUAGCUACUAUGACAGCCACCGAAGCCCGGCAUCCUCAGGCCGUGCUCCGCCCCCCGAGAAGCCUUCAUCAGGCUUCGUUGCUUCGCCGGGCGUGCGCGGCGGCUUCCACGGAAGCGAUGCGCAGCGCGCGCACGUGGAGGCCAUGCGUCGCUCGACGGCUGACGCUGCUCCAGUUGAAAUGCCGGCGCAGGAUGUGGCUGUCCGUUCGCAUCUGGGGCUGAACGCCUUGAAGGAGCGGAAGCAGAAAGAAGAGGAGGACCGACGGGCUUUCCGGUAG